AGAAAAAGAACUUGUCACACAAGUCAGGCCUAAACGAAAAGAAAAGAAGAGGAAGUAAAAAACCCCACCUUCCUCGGCUUCCCACUCUUCUCUCUCGGACUCUGCAUAUUUCCAUUUACUUGCUACGAUCAAUCUUUGCAUUUUGAUUGGAAAACAGUCAUGAAUAUGGAUCUGAAGAAGGAUCUAGACGCUCCUCACUCCAUGGGAACCACCAUCAUCGGCGUCACUUACAACGGCGGCGUCGUUCUCGGAGCCGACUCUCGCACUAGCACCGGUGUUUAUGUUGCUAAUCGUGCUUCGGAUAAGAUUACCCAGCUCACCGAUAAUGUCUACGUCUGUCGCUCUGGAUCGGCCGCUGAUUCUCAGAUUGUUUCGGACUAUGUUCGUUAUUUCCUUCACCAGCACACGAUACAGCAAGGUCAGCCUGCAACCGUCAAAGUUGCCGCAAACCUCGUCAGGCUUUUGUCUUACAAUAACAAGGAUAUUUUACAAACUGGUAUGAUAGUUGGUGGGUGGGACAAGUACGAAGGCGGUAAAAUAUAUGGAAUUCCACUUGGUGGAACAAUUAUAGAGCAGCCAUUUUCUAUUGGGGGAUCUGGCUCCAGUUAUUUGUAUGGUUUCUUUGACCAAGCAUGGAAAGAAGGAAUGACCAAGGAUGAAGCUGAGCAACUAGUUGUGAAGGCAGUUUCCCUUGCCAUAGCCCGUGACGGUGCCAGUGGAGGUGUUGUUCGCACCGUUAUUAUAAAUUCUGAGGGAGUGACUAGAAACUUCUACCCAGGAGACAAACUUCCACUGUGGCAUGAGGAGCUGGAGCCACAGAACUCGCUGCUGGACAUACUCAACGCUUCCAGCCCUGAGCCGAUGAACAUACAAUGAUGAUGUUCCAAUCGUUUAGCUACAGUUGCUAUUGUUUUCUUUCUCUGCAAAACAUGUUUGGAUUAUGAGAACCUCUUUGCCCUGGAAAAAUUCUUGUAUUUGUGAUUUAGAUUAUGCAUGUUUCUUCAAUUUACAGGAGUUUUUAACUUCAAAACCA